UGGCAAAGUCCUUAAUGGAAGAUGAUUCCAAUCAAUAGAGCCAGGCAGCUCAUUUAUAUAAUGGGAUCAAGCUGAAGUAGUGGUCUUCCUCUGCAAAGUCAUGGGAAAGGGGAAAAGGCUGCCACACAAGAAUAACCAGGACUCCACAAGUCUAUCUGCUGGUGUUCAUAAACAUGUUCCCCGUCAGCAAACCACAGGAGAGCUCUAGAGAGCAGCCUGCUUGAGUCUGGAUGCUGAGGAGUGACAGUGGGGCUAGUGCUGCUGUAUUUUGGUUGCUGCUGCUGUUGCUGCCGCUGCUGCUGCUGCCGCUGCCACUGCCACUGAACAGAUGCCGCAGCGAGGGGUCUGACCGCGCCGAGUGCUCUGAGAGCCUCAGUCUGGGUAGGAACGAGACGUUAAGAGAGUGAGGGUUGGGAGGUGGGCAGGACUCAUCAAGGAGCUGCAAACCAAAACAAGGAAUCUAGGCAGCAGAAGGAAAGAAAGGGUGAGCUUGAGCCAAGAUAUCUGGCCAAGUGGAACUGGAGGAAAUGUCAUCAUUGGUAAAGGAGGACUUGGAGAAGAAACUGUUUAAGCCGCUCUCGCAGAAUCUGUGUGAGUUUAUCGAAAUAGAGUUCUCGGUCCAGGACAGAUAUUACCUCUGUGUGUCAGUGACCAAAAAUGAAGAAGUAAAAAUAAUUAUGGUGAAACACUACAGAAUAGGCUUAGAUGAAAAAUAUGAAGUAACAAAGAAGUGGUCUUUGAACGAUCUGAAGAAGAUUGAUGGAAAAGAAGCAGAUACCGACAACCCGUUUUUUGAUCUGCACUUCAAGAAAGUGUACCGUUUGGAAGCAUAUAGUUGUGCUUCUAAAUAUGCCUUUGCUCGAACUAUAAAUAAGCUGAAUCACGCAUAUCUUAAGAAGGACUUACAGAUCGUGAACUUUGACUCCACUUACAUCAACGAUGAUUCUGUUUGGUCCUCCAGCAACAAGGACUGCUUGGUUCUCAUGAGAAUAUGCUUUUAUGCCUUCAAUCUGCUGUGCCUGUCCCUGUGUCCCCUGCCACUCUAAAGAUGUAUUCCCUUUUUUCCACCAGUAUUCUAUAAAAUGGUUCCCUAAGUAAAUAUUGGUAGUCAUGAUUUUGGGUUUUUUCCCUUCAUUAGUGACUGUUAUUUAUAUGAAAAUAAAGUGAUGCUUUGUGAA